UAUAAUUGAAAAUGAAUCAAGAGUUUCACCCUACCUUCGUACAAUUCGAUUCGGUGAAAACAUUUCUUAGUUUUCUUCACAACAAACCCUAAAAUGAAGAGCCGUUAGCUUCCCGCCAAAACCAAGAACACUUGCUCCAUACGACAUUGUUGUAUUCUCUAAGGCACAAAAUCAGCAUAGCACAAGCAAUGAAUAUGUGCUUUAACUCUCUGCUAGUUUAAUCAUAUCCUCCCCACAACACAAAGAAAGAAGCCACCUUUUCCUCGUUUCUCCUCCUCCCCAAUUCCCAUACCACCGUUCUUUCCCUCCCAAAACAAACCCUUUUCCUUUCCCAAACCCACGAAACAGAGCACAAGAAGUAAAAGAAAGAACCCUCAGCAAGGCCAACAAGAUCAAAGCAAUGGAGCUGGAACUGGGAUUGAAGAUCACACACACCAGAGAAGACAUAACUUCCUUCACCGAUCUCCGGAUCUCUAAAGACCAUUCGGGCCCUCUCUUCGUCUCUCGAGAAACCAACUCCAAGUUCAUCCUCAUUGCCUAUCUCAAAGGGUUCAGAAGGGAGAACGUGAGCAUAAAGAUCAAUGGAGAAGGGAACCAAAUGGAGAUCAGCGGGGAGAAGCCGGUCCAGGAGAUGGUGAUGAUGGGUUUGAUCAUGUACAAGAAAGAUGUGGAGCUCAGGACCUUCAGGAAAGUCUUCAGGAUUCCUGACGCGGUCGUUCUGGACCGGAUCAGGGCUAAGUUCAACGAUGACGAAGCGGUCCUCACCAUCUUCAUCCCCAAAUCCGAGAAAGGAAUUCGCGGUGUUUCGAUCGAGGAGGUCAAGGAUGAAUUUGAAGCUGGUGGUAGUAGUUCGCCUGAAGAGUCUCGAAAGAUUCCUGAUGCAGAGCUGCCUGGAAAUGAUGAAACUGGUCAAGUUCCUGAAGAGGAGGGUGAUGGAAGGGGACCUGAAUUAGUGAAUCCUAAAGCUGAGGAGCUUCCAAGUCGAAAGGAUUCGAUGGAAUCGUUAAAAGAAGAGCAACAAGAAGAUCAGGGUCAGGUUAAAGAAAAGGUAGUCGAAACUAUUCAGAAACAAGGAUCCCAAGAAGAGUCUGCUUCAUCAAAGGCCAUACCUGAUAGCAAGAAAGAAGAAGAAACUAUGAUGGAAGAGCAAUUGGAUAGAGAAGAACCUCUGGAAUCGAAAGAGGAAAUCGUCGGAAGGAAACCUGAAAAAUCGGAAAUGGCUGAAUCAGAGAAGACAGAUAAUGAAAUUCGAGACAAAGGAGUUCCUGAAAGCAAACCUGAAUCGAAGAAAGAUGAAGCUCGCAUGGAAGAAACAUGGCCGCAAGAACAUGAAUCAGAGAAGCAGGAACCUGAGACUGAAACGACGGCGGCAAAUUCAGUUGGUGAAGGCAAACGGGUGGAAUCAUCGGAUAAAUCGAACGUCGAAGAUGUUUCAAAGAGGUCCAAGAUGUGUCGUCCCGCGGUGAUUGCAGGAUCGAGCAUUCUAGUGUCAAUCAUAGUAAUAGUCAUUGGUUUUAUUAGAUCCAGAAGAAAAAAAGUAGUUUCUCGGUGUUGAUGUGUUCAUAGUUGUCAAUUUGAAGAAGCUGAUGAGUUUAUGGUGUGUUCAGAGUUGGUGAAUUGUGUAUUUUGGUCAACAGUAACCAUCUGUUACAAGAAUUCCUGCAGAACAAGAUAAGUACAGUUUUAAUUGAAAACUCAGAAUAAAACUUCAUUUUAAGCUUCAUCCAAACGGAAUUACAUUUGCCUCGCCAGAAAGCUUUUGGUCCACAAUCCCUCACCACAAUCUAUCUUUAAGAAUUGACCUCUUCUAAGCUAUAUUGUGCGUCUCUUUCCAUCCCAAUCCCCAAACCAAUGGAGUUUCCAAAACAUCUGGUUCUCAAAUCCUCCCCAGCUGUUGCUAACAAAAAAAAGUUUUAAGAGAUUGUCAUUCACUUAACAGAAACCCAACAAGAACAUCAAAACAUCUCAAAUUAGAACAACACAAAACCAGUGAGCUGCCUCUUGUGGAUGCCAAUCUGCCACACCUUCGACGCUCUCCAUUUUUCUGAUGAUCAUCAGACUGCCAAAGAAAAUGCAACAGAGCUAAUUUGGCCCAUGCAUUGUCGUAGUGAUGGCAAUGGGGCGGGGAUGAUACACCAAGAGACACACAAGAGACUUCAUCCUUCACUUCAUUUGGCCCACCAAACACCCCAUGAUGAAAGGAAAUUUGGCGGUUCUAAUGCAAUAGGCUACUGUGAAAUCACCUGCAUUCCUGUCGAGGGACUCAGGAAUCACAGUUGCACCACCCACCCACUAGUUGAGUUGGGUACUGAAAGAGAAAGGGACCUUUCCCUUGAAGCAUUAAAAUGCCCAAAUGGCCACACUUUCCCUAAUGCAAGGACUUGACACUGACUAAUCAGUGUUUGCCCCGCGGAUUAGUUCUAGUCAAGAAUUAAUCACACUCAAAAAUACCUUCCAUCUAUUCUUUUCAUGAAACUGUUUGUUUGUUCUGCAUCCAUCAAUCAAUAUAGCAAUAUUAGGAAAGCGGGGUCUUUGUUGAUGUACCUGCCACGAAUCCCACUAGUGGCUGAGUUGACCUCCAGCCCCACCUGGUAUGCCAAGGCUGAUGAUGAGUCCCUUUCUUUCUGGCCAGGAAACUUCAAUUUUCUUGCAUCUGUUUAGGCUGACCCCAGGUUCAUGAAUGGCCUGCGGAUUGUCAAUUGACUCUGUCGCCUCAUGGGCACAGCUGCUGACGGUGUAGAAAAUGUACACAGUACAGAGAGUCAGAUUGAUUGAUAGAAUGUAGAAACCUUACAGAAAACAGCUUUUUGCAAUUAUAGCUAGGGGAGGUAAUAACUGCUCACACAAAUUGCUGGCGUGAGCAAAACAUGGUCACCACUCCUCAAGUUGUAGGCUUGUAGCAGCAUCUCUCACCAGCCAAUGCCUGCACCACAAACCAGCAAAUAUCAUGGUUUUAGACUGAAAUACUGAAACCUUCCACCAGGUAGAUCUAACUUGUUCAAUUUUACUGCUGCAUCCAAGUUACCAUUCACCAGCUGGUAGAUUGAGAGAGGAAAUAGAACCAGAACAUAGUGAGACAAAAGAUGGGUAAUAAGGCAAGGCUUCCCAUAGAUCUUUGUUCUAGAAGAUAAAAAUAUAUAAAUGUG